AUGGUGUUGGCACAUCGCGGUGCGUACAUUUCUAUGGGGGCGGCGACUGGCGAGCUGCAGGGGGAUGCGUUGCUCUCUGCCAACCUGGAGUACCUGGCGUCGCUGAGCCCGUCGGUCAUCCGUCCCGUGCUGCCGCAGCUGCCGGGUGGAGCGGGUCUCCUGCCUGACGACUUUCAGCUGCCCCCGACAGAGGCAGGCGGCGAGGCGGCGUCGAUUAUUCUGCAGGUAAAUGCCGUGGAAGAUGUCUCGCUCCCGUUGGCGCAGCGAUUAAGAGCCAUGGCGGCACCCCCAACAACGGCGACGCAGGGCACUGACGUAGAUCCCCCUGACGCAGUGGGAGAUGAGGCUCAGCAGAUUUCAGUGUAUGAAAUGCUGCAGUCGAUGGAGAGCGAUGACCCCGCCUCACAUUGGCGUGGGCGUCGUCAGCGGCUGCUCCGGCUGAUUCUCACUGACGGCUUUACGCGGGUUAUUGCCUUUGAGGACUGUCGUCAGGGGUGUGAUGCGCUGCGGGGAGGCGUGGCAUGGGGCACCAAACUGUGCCUUCUUGCUCCACUGCAAAUACGCCACGGUGUGCUCAUUCUGACCUCACAGCAGACUGUCAUGUUGGGUGGGUUUCUGCCGGAGCUGCAGGAAUUCUGGGAGAAGCAUGCAAAGGAGGCUCUCGAGGAGAUGUCUGGACGACCAAAGAAGCAGGUGCAGCAGGCGGUGGAGGGGCUGCGGCGGGGGGUGACGUCACCCACGCCGGAAGGGGCGGCGGAAACUCACACCGAUGCCGGCAGUAGCGUGGCACAACCUCCUGCCUCAUCACUCUCGCAGCAACAGCAGCAACAACAACAACAGUUGGAGGCGGCGGGAGCUGCAUUUGCGGAUCUACAGCAGACCACCGCCGUGAAUGUUGUGAAUCCUUCCCCCUUACAGCCCUCCUCGAUUCAUGCCUCGCAGCCUCAGCCCCUUUCCGCGUGGCAAGCCCAUCACCCGCGCACCUUCCCUUUUAAGACAAUUGCGGUGAUCAGAGAGGUGAAAUCGGACUUGAAGAUUCAGGAAUUUUCAGCACUUUCUCCAGACGAGGCAAAACGGUUUUCGCUCUUUGUCCUGCUCGCCACUCCCCCGGAUGAAGUCAACAGAGGAUCACAGACGGGGGAGACAGAGCUCUUGGUGGACAUAGGCCAUGGCUGGCUGCAGCAAGCACUCCGCAUGGAUCCAGAUACGUUCUGCGCGCUCUGCUCCUCGCGUCAGCCCGGUGAUGUGGCUAGGCUUGGGGCACUGUUGGCGAACGUGGGGCGGGAGCUGGAGAACCUUGACGUGGCUGUCUUCGUCCUGCGGCAACGCGAGAUCGACGGUGCCGUCGAGGUGGUGGAGGUGCACCGGCCCCAAUCCUCCUCGGCGUUGCUGUGA